AUGACCUCGAAGAUAUUGAUUUGUAUUUGCUCCAUUGUAGUUCUGCAAUCUCAUUUUAUGAGUUGUUUGAAAUUUGUGUCUCAUAAGGAUUGCAAUAAUGUUCGAAAAGGAACAUUUGUUGCUCAUCCAAGUAAUUGUAAUCAAUAUAUACAAUGUAAUGGAUUACGUUCAACAUUGGGUACUUGUUCGGAGGGUACUUAUUUCAAUCCUGAAGUCUUAUCGUGUGAUAGCAGCAGUGAUGCUUGCAAGAAGAAGUCAACAACAUCGAAAGACUCAGUUGAUUCACAACAUAUAAGCAAUACUAUUAAUUCUAACGUUGAAGUUGAAAAUUUAUUGAGCGGAAAGCAAAAUUUCACAAUCUCAACAUUUGAUGGAUCUGCAGAUGUUGUUAUUAACAACGACUCCACAGACUUGCCUUUUAAUCGCCCACAAUGCACUUCCUGGCUUGAUCAACAAUUUCCACAUCCACAUAAUUGCCAGUACUAUUAUUAUUGUGCAAAAGGAUCUCUGACCCUCCGGCGUUGUCAGGCUGGUUUUGGUUGGGAUUUGGACCAUCGGAAAUGCAUUUCAAUCCAGGAAGCAAAAUGUUUUAAGCAUUAA